AUGAAGUCGAUCGCGUUGUUAGUUUUAGGUCUUGCGGCCAUGGCUGCGGCUCGACCUGAGACGGACAACUUGCAGGAUCCAGUUAUGUACAAGGAGAUUGAAGACAUUGGCAGGAACUUUAAGAUCGAAGAAAAUGUUAACCUAUUCACCGUUGGAAUGCUUCCACGUGGUGAAAUAUUUACAAUUCACAUUGAUCGGCAACUGAAGGAAGUUGUGUCAAUGUUCCACUUACUCUACUACGCGAAGGACUUUACCACCUUUAUCAAGACUGCUUGCUGGAUGCGUCUAUAUUUAAACGAAGGAAUGUUCGUCUAUGCUCUUACAGUAGCUGUAAGACAUCGUGAGGACUGCAAAGGCGUUAUUCUACCCCCACCUUAUGAGAUAUACCCAUACUACUUCGUUCGGGCUGAUGUUGUUCAAAAGGCAUAUCUACUGAAAAUGAAGAAGGGUUUACUUGAUAAUAACCUAUGUGAUUUCUAUGGAAUAAAAAAAACAGAAAAAGGUGAAUACAUUAUUGAUGAAAACAUUUUCGACCAACGUGUCAACCUAAAUGACGAAGAUGGCCUUAGAUACUUCACUGAAGACAUCGAUCUUAACACUUACUACUACUAUUUCCACGUUGAUCAUCCAUUCUGGAUGAAUGACGACAUGUUCAAUAAGUUGAAUGUAAAUAGAAGAUGGGAACAUAACCUUUACAUUAGUCAGCAAAUAUUGGCAAGAUACUACUUGGAACGUCUUUCUAAUGAUUUGGGUGAUAUUAAGACUUUGUCAUGGAAUAAACCUGUUAGAAAAGGAUACUGGCCCUGGAUGGUACUUCAUAAUGGUGUUCAACUAGCGAUGAGACCAAACAAUUAUGUUCUUGUUAACGACAAUGAUAUCAACGUCGUCCGGUUGGUGGAGGAUUAUGAAAUGGUUAUUAAGGAAGCAAUUAUUAAGGGCAAUAUCGAGAUUAAUGGUGUCCGAUUGGACUUAACUAAACCCGAAGACAUUGAAGCCCUGGGUAAGAUGGUUUUCGGUAAAAUUGACAAAAAUGAUGCCAACAAACUUCGUCUUGAUGCUUACCGCUAUCUAAUUGUUAUUAUAAAAUCCGUCUUGGGACUUAACACUUUGGACUCAGACAAAUACUUUGUAAACCCUACUGUACUCGAUACGUACCAGACUGCCUUACGUGAUCCCAUCUUCUACCAGCUACAGAAACGCCUUUGCAAUUUGCUGAUUCUCUUUAAGAGACGCCUUCCUUCCUACACAAGGGAGGAACUCUACUUCCCCGGAGUCAAGAUCGAGAAUGUUGUUGUUGAUAAAUUAGUGACUUACUUUGACGAUUACCUUAUGGAUAUGACUAACGCUGUAGUGCUCACUGAUGAAGAACUUAAAAAGACCACGUCGGAUAUGGUGUUCAUGGUACGCAAGCGUCGCCUCAAUCAUCAACCAUUCAAAGUCACCCUAGACAUUAUGUCUGAUAAGGCUGUUGAUUCUGUAGUCAGAUUGUACUUGGGUCCCAAAGAAGAUAAUUUGGGACGUUUAAUCGAUCUUAAUCGUAACCGUGUAAACUUUGUCGAGUUAGACUCCUUCUUGUACAAAUUAAACACUGGUAAGAACACGAUUAUCAGAAACUCCAUUGAUAUGCAUAACUUGGUUCGUGACCGUAUCAUGACUCGUGAUAUCUGGAAGAAGAUUGAAUCAAUCACUGACAUGAAAGACCUGCUUACCAAAGACUUAAGAAAUUACCAAACUGGAUUCCCCACAAGGCUACUACUUCCUAAAGGUCGCGUUGGCGGAAUGAACUUUAUACUGUACGCUAUUGUAACACCAUUGAAAUUAGUUGACAAUGUUGAUAUGAACAUCUUAGAUACUAACCGUCAGAAUCUAGUCGCAGAUUUCCGAUCCACAGUUCUUCUAGACAAGAUGCCUUUAGGUUUUCCAUUUGACCGUGAUAUUGAACUUACUAAGUUCUUAACACCGAACAUGAAAUUCGUCGACGUAGUUAUCUUCCACAAGAAACAAAAAGGAAUAGGCAGGACCGUCCACGCUUUCUUCAAAUGCAGCCUCAAAUCAGCAACACCAAAGAUC